UAGUGUAUUGGCAAAAAAAUAAAGAAGGAAAAUAUUAGUUAAAGUCAACAAACACAAAUGCAUUGCUGAUGCCGAAACAGUUACUAGAAUUGAUGUAUUUAUAGAGGAAAAAACAUCACACACUAUUUUGCAUCAGUAUCUGAUUAGUUUUCAAAAGGUAUAUGUUCCUAAGCAAUAUCUAGAGGAUACAAGGACCAGAUGGUACUGCCAUGACACAGUAAUAAUAUGGAUUAAUACAAGUUCUUCGUACCAACCCCAAGACCUGCAAUGGCAGAUACUGCAUAGAGCUCCUGUCUACACAUGAACGGAAAUUAUAACAUCCUAGGUGGCUUUAAUAUUAUCUUAUUUGAAAGAUUAGGAUUGUGAAUUGUCUGCAAUUGAUUCAAACACACACACACACACAUAUAAGAUUUCAGUUUUAUUUUCCCCCUUAAACACAUCUAGCUCAACACAGAAACCAUGCCCAUCCAAAUCCAUUAACAUUGACCUUCACUAAUGAUAGAAACAUCUUUGUCCCAAGCCAAGGUGGAGACGUGGAUUUGAACUAAUGUGCUUUUGUUCCUAUUGUAAAGGCAAAGGUACAGAGCAGAAGGAGGAGGAGCAUAGAUAGCAGAAAACAGCAUGUAGUAUAGUAUCAAUUCUGUAAAAACUACAUGUAGCUUAGUCUAUAUCAUUAGUGGCUGAGUUAGUUGUGAUUAGCGGCCACGUGUACACCUGUGAUUAGUUCAUUAGAAAGUUAGUUUUAGCUUAAAUCCCACUGGUUAGUUAGAAGAGGUUAGCUAUAACAGUGUAUAAAUAUCUAAAUCAUGUAAUCUAUUGUUAGUGUAAUAGUGUGUGAUAAAUACAAGUUUUUCAUUUCUUGGAUUCUCUCAAUUCUUACUCUAGAAUCUGUUUCUCUUUCAUGGUAUCAAAGCCAUCAAUGGCAUCCUCUGCAAAUUCAACUUCCUCUGCUACAAGUUCAAGCACAAGUACACACACUACAAUUUCUACUCAUGGAGUUAAUCCUUCAUUGCUGCUUCUGUCUAACAUGGCGAGCAUGAUGACAGUAAAGUUUGAUUACAACAACUGUUUGGUUUGGAGACACCAAAUCGAGGUGAUUUUGGAAGCUUACUCAAUGAUCAACUUCAUUGAAGAUAAUCUUGAAGCUCCUGAUCCUAUUCUUAAGGAUAGCUCAGGGAAUUAUACCAUUGAAGUUAAUCCUGAAUAUAUCCAAUGGAGGAAUCAUGAACAAGCACUGUUCACUUUCAUCAAUUCUACUCUCUCUCCGUCAAUUUUGGUUCUCACAGUAGGUCAAAAAUCUGGUAGAGGAGUCUGGAAGAUCCUAGAGAAACGUGUUGCUUCAGUUUCUCGAUCUCAUAUUCUCAGCUUAAGGAAUGAAUUGAUGAGUCUCAAGAAAGGUUCAAAGAGCAUGAACAAUUUCUUUCAACGAAUCAAAGAAAUUCGUGAUAAACUUGGUGCUGUGGCAGUUUGUGUUGAUGAGGAGGAGCUUAUUCAUUUAGCUCUUGAAGCUUUGCCUCUAGAAUAUGACGCGUUUUUUUCAGCCAUACGAACUAGAAAUGAUGUAGUUACUCUUGAAGAGUUGAAUACUCUGCUAAAUGCUGAAGAAAGAUCGAUCAAGAAAAGGUCUAAUCUUUGAGAUUCUUCUUCAUUUGCUAUGGCAGUUAAUCAGUUCAAUCAAUCCUUUCAACAGAGGAAAAGGAAGGAAUGGCAACAAUCUUGGUCGUGAUAAUGGAAGAGGUAACAACAAUGGUCAAUUCUCUGGUGGUCAAUCUACUCAAUUUCCAACUGGUCAGUCUCAGUUCUUUGGCCUAUCCUACAAUGGUCAAGGUCAGUUUUCCCCUUCACAGUCUCAAUCCAAGUCUAGUUUUCAACAAGGUCAAAGACCUGUUUGUCAGAUCUAUGGUAAGAGUGGCCAUACUGCUCGGAUUGUUACCAUAGAAUGAAUUUUGCAUAUCUUGACAUCCUCCAGCUAAGCUUGCAUCGAUGGCUGCAAGUUCAAUGGCUGCAAACUCUAGUUCUCAUUCAAACCAGAAUUGGUUCACUGACACUAGUGCUUCUAAUCAUAUUACACCAGACUUGGCUCAGCUCUCUCUUCAUGAACAACCUACAGCUGGUGAGACUGUUACAGUGGGCAAUGGGCAAGAAUUACCAAUUACUCAUAUUGGUAAUGGUAAGCUUCUCACUCCUUUCCACAAUUUCAAUCUUAAUAACAUCCUUAAGGUACCACAAAUUGCUUCAAACUUACUUUCAAUGCAUAAACUUUGUCUACAAAAUAAUGCCUUUUGUUAUUUUGAUGCUCAUGAGUUCUCAAUUCAGGAUUUACCUACGGGCAAAUACAAAGGGUUGAGUAAAGAUGGUGUCUAUCCCAUUCCACCCAUUGCUUCUUUUUCAUCUUCACCUACAUCCUCUAUCAAUUCAAGUUGCUUUGUUGCUGUUUCUACUCAAGUUUUGCUUUGGCAUCAAAGACCUAGGCACCCUUGUUCCAAGAUAUUGCAUUCUGCCUUAUCUGAUGUACCUUCUGUUAACAUUUCUCCUUCUAGUGAUAUUCUUUCACAAUGUGUUUCCUGUAUAAGUGCUAAAAUGCACAAAUCUUCCUUUCCAAAACAUGUAUCCAGUACUACUUUUCCUUUGGAAUUAGUUCAUUCUGAUGUUUGGGGCCCUACUCCUAUUGUCUGUACUUGAACACAGGUUUUAUGUGAUAUUUGUUGAUGAUUUUACUUGUUUUACAUGGCUAUUCUUGCUUAAACAUAUAUCUAAUAUCUUUAGUGUGUUUGUACAUUUUAAAUCUCUUGUUGAGAAUCAAUUCAAUACCAAAAUCAAAGCUUUAAGGUCUAAUGGUGGUGGUGAAUUUGUUAAUCACAAUUUAAGACCUUUUGUCUAGAUAAUGGUAUUUCUCAUCAACUUUCGUGUCCUUACACCCCUCAAUAGAAUGGGGUGGCUGAAAGAAAACAUAGACAUUGUUGAGACUGGUUUGGCUAUGGUUCAUAAGACUAAUCUUCCUUUGUCUUAUUGGUCUUAUGCUUUCAGUACUGCUGUCUAUCUUCUUAAUAGGAUUCCAUCUUCUGUUCUUAAUUUUGUGUCUCCUUGGCAGAAGCUUUACCUUAAGAAGCCUUCUCUUCAUGCUUUAAAGGUCUUUGGUUGUGAUUGUUCUCCUUUUUUGAAGCCUUAUCCUUCUCAUAAAUUUGAUCCAAAGUCCAAGUUGUGUAUUUCCAAAGUUCCAAAGGCUAUAUCUGUUUGGAAGUCUCUACUGGGAAAGUGUAUAUUUCCCCUCAUUGUAUUUUUCAUGAAUCUAUGUUUCCAUCCUUGUCAAGUACAGAUUCUGUGUCUUCUUCUCCUUCAUCUCUUACUGCCUUUGAUCCUUGGUUGGCUACUUUGCUUCCUUUCUCUAUUCCAUCUGCUUCUGAUUCUUCUAUUCCUGUGUCUUGUUCUCCAUCUUCUAUUGACACUGCUUCCUUACCUGUUCCUGACACUACUCUUGCUAUUUUCCCCACUGUGUCUCCACCUCUAUCUUCCCCUAGUGUUUCUACCAAAACUCAUCAUAUGCUUACCAGGUCUAAGAAUGGUAUUUUUAAGUCCAAAGCAUAUGCUGUUCAGGCUGACUAUGCUGUUACCGAACCUCCUUCUUAUGCUGUGGCUUCCAAGUUCUCUCAUUGGGUUGCAGCAAUGGACUUAGAAUUUGCUAGCCUUCAACAACAGCAUACCUGGUCUCUUGUUCCUCUCCCUUAUGGUGAGAAUGUGGUUGGAUGUAAAUGGGUUUUUAAAAUCAAGAGGGAUAGCAGUGGUAAUAUUGCUAGGUAUAAAGCACGGUUGGUGGCCAAGGGUUGCUUGCAGCAAUAUGGUUUGGAUUAUGAAGAGACAUUUAGUCCUGUUGUGAAGCCUGCUACUGUCAGAAUUUUUCUUGCUUUGGCAGUGCAAUUUGGCUGGUCUCUUAAGCAAUUGGAUAUAUCCAAUGCUUUUCUUCAUGGGGUUUUACAAGAAGUAUAUGUGUCAACCCCCUGGCUACAAGGACAGUUCAAGACCUGACCAUGUGUGACUGUUACAUAAAGCUAUCUAUGGCCUUAAGCAAGCUCCUAGGGCCUAGUUUGAUAGCUUUACGACUCAGUUGUUUCAUCUUGGAUUUCAUGCCUCUUGUGCUGACGGUAACCUCUUCAUUCUCAUUCAUUCCUCUCAUAUUGUGUAUCUAUUGCUUUAUGUUGAUGAUAUAAUCAUCACUGGCAAUAAUUCUUCCUUUGUUACUGAAAUUGUGAGUCAGCUUGGUUCUUCUUUUGCUCUUAAGGAUCUUGGUUGCUUGAAUUACUUUCUUGGGCUUCAGAUUGAAUACACAGAUUCUGGUCUUUUUGUUCAUCAGUCUAAGUAUGCUCAGGAUUUGUUUACCAAGUUUACCAUGCUUGACUGUAAGCCUUGCUCUAAUCCUUGUGCCUCGAAUCAUCAUUUUGUUCCAGCUCAUAGUCCUCUCCUCACUGAUCCUACUGCCUAUAGAAGUUUGGAUGGGGCAAUUCAGUAUCUGAUCUUUACUAGACCAGAUUUAUCCUACGCUAUGCAACAAGCUUGUCAAUUUAUGAGCAAGCCUACUCAACAUAAUCUUGUAGCAGCUAAGAGGAUUUCAGAUAUUUGAAAGGGUAUUUGCAUAUGGGGAUUCAUUUUCAGGCUGAUCCUUUGCCUCUUUCUGCAUAUUGUGAUGCAGAUUGGGCUGGUGAUCCUAUAGAUAGGAGGUCCAUCACUGGUCUGGUUGUGUUUUUGGGUGGCUCUCCUAUCACAUGGUCUGCUAAGAAGCAGCCUACAGUUUCAAGGUCGUCUACAGAGGCUGAAUACAGAUCUUUGGCUAUAACUACUGCUGAGCUUUAUUGGUUGAGGAUGUUGCUUAAAGAUCUUGGUGUUUACUCAUAUCAUCCUCCAAUUUGUGGUGUGAUAAUGUUUCUGCUCUUGCCUUAGCUUCUAAUCCUAUCUUUCAUGCUCGUUCUAAGCAUAUAGAAGUUGAUUACCAUUUUGUUAGGGAGAAGCUUUUAAACAAGGAUCUUGUGGUUGAAUAUAUUUCUACAUCUGAUCAGUUGGCUAAUGUCUUUAUCAAGUCACUUCCUUCUCCUCGGUUUCAUUUUCUUGUUCACAAACUCAUGGGAGUCCCUCCCCUUCGUUUGAGGGGGGAUGUAAAGGCAGAAGGUACAGAGCAGAAGGAGCAGAAUAGAUAGCAGAAAACGGCAUGUAGUUUAGUAUAAGUUCUGUAAAACUACCUGUAGCUUAGUAUAUAUCAUUAGUGGCUGAGUUAGUUGUGAUUAGUGGCCACGUGUGCAACUGUGAUUAGUUCAUAAGAAAGUAAGUUAGUUUUAGCUUAAAUCCUGCUGGUUAGUUAGAAGAGGUUAGCUAUAUAACAGUGUAUAAAUAUCUAAAUCAUGUAAUCUAUUGUUAGUGUGUGAUAAUACAAGUUUUUCAUUUCUUGGAUUCUCUCAAUUCUCUCUCUAGAAUCUGUUUCUCUUUCACCUAUAACAAAAUGCACAAUGAAGAUACCAUCCAAAUACGUAACAAUUUUUCUGACUUUUGACAGCAAUGAUCUAUACAAUUUUCCUUUGAUUGACAAAAGCUUUAGAUUCAAACCAAAACAUAAUUUGCAGAAGGAACUGAAACAGGUAUAUACUUGGCUGGGCAUAGGUCCCUGACUUUCAAAUAGAAUCCGGAUUUUAAGUUCUAAUCUAAUCAAAUCCAUAUGGCUUCCUAAUUGCACACAAAUAGGAUCCAAUGAUAAAAGGGUAGUGUUGAUAUUAGGUGGCAGUUAAAAAUACAAGAGGAAAUGAAAAAGGGUGUAAUGUGUACAAAAUUUUGCCAAAGCAAGAGAACAACUAAUGGUUAGAAUACAAAAUGAAUAUAGAAUGAAUCCCAUUAUGCAAGAAUCCAGGCAGGAUAUGGGAAACUCAAGGGAAUGAAUAUAUGGGUUAUGAAAGCUUAAGUGCUAGUUUGGCUGGGCUAUAGCUUUGCACAAUAUAAGAAGCUCUAGCAACUUGAGAAGCAACCCUUCUGUUAGUUCUCAAAGCUUCUAAAAAAUGCAAGCUGCUUUACCAAAUAACUAUAAGGUUAAGUAUCCUUUGGUUAAUGAACAGCUAUGGAGUAAGCUAAUGUGUAGACCUCAUUGAUUUUCCAAGAAAUAGUAACUUAUACUUCCUUAUAUGAAUCUUGCUAGUGGUGGACCAGUAUUUCCCAAAUAUGACUCUCACUUCAGCUUGAAGUGUGAUGGUAUCUUAAAGGAUUAUGAAUUGUGUCUGUGUCCAUAUUGUUAACGUCACCCAGACGACCGAGUUGAAAAUUUUCAUUAGAUUUCCCUAAUAUCAUUAUUUUCUCUCAUGGAACUUUAACAUCCAGUCCAACUACUGAGAUCAACAACAUAAGCAAUAGGGAUGGAAAAUUUUGACCACACCCACUUGCCCACCUUAAUCUUCUCUCUAAAAAUGGGUAAUGGGAAGACCCUUUAGGAAAUAAGUAAAGAUGAGCUUUUUGUUUAUGUAUAGCUUUUUAAAACCUCACUUAUUACGUAUUUUGAACAUCCAUUUGCCAUGAGCUUUUUUGUUUAGCUUUUAGCUUAUUUUGUUUAUGUACAACUUUUUAAAACCUCACUUUUUCAAGUACAAGUAUACAUUGAUCCAUUUUAAAAGAAAAACAAUCAUCGAAAAGCCAAAUAAGUUUAUGCUAAACGGAAAUGUCUUACAAAUGGAUACUCACCCUUUAGUAACUAUCUUACUCAAAACCUCACAUCUCUGGCUGAUAGGUUCUCACUUUUUUCUUUGCCACUUUCUCACACAAUCCAGUUUUUAGUCUAAAUACAGGAUUUGAAUCCUCUCCAUUUCAAAGUGAAUGGAGAGUUUCCAUUUAAUGGCUAAGCUUGAAAGUGGAGUAAAUGUAGGGUCUAGAUUGUGCUAACUCAUUUAAAAAUUUAUAACUCUAGUUUAGUUUAACCAUAGUUAAAUUUUAAAUAAGUCAGCACACCCGACAUUUACUCCACUUUCAAUCAUAGCCAUUAAAUGGACACUCUCCUUUUCACGUAUAAAUGGAGAGGAUCCUUAUCCCUAAACACAACUCAUCAUUUCAGCCAAAACUACCCAAAUCUACCUUCAUGAGAUUUUCAGCUGAAACUAGAGAUCUUGAGCUAGCAUUAGAUCUCCAUCCAUUAGAUACUCAUAUUCGAAUGAUAGUAUCAAAAACCCGGAAAGAUCCAAAAACAUGGAGUUGCAGUUUUCAACCAUUAAAGCUUAUUCUCCACUACUAGCUGCAGAUUUAGUCCAUCAAUCUAAUAGUUUUGGCAUCAAUACCACAAAUAGGGGGUGACAAACAUAGUAAUCACCAAUCAGAUAACACUAGGACAUAACGGGAUAUAACCUAUUUAUUGAAAUUUAGAACCACACACACACACACACUAACUAUAUAUAUAUAUAUAUAUAUAUCCUUCCCUUUUGUCCUAAUAAAUACCAUAUAUGUAUACAAAAUUGUCAUAUUAUAAAGACAGUAAAAAACUUUUUUAGUUGGACUCAUGCAAAAUUGAAUUUCUAGGAAGGCAGGAAGCCAGGAAGCCAGGAACUACAAUAUAACUUUUCUUUUUCUUUUCUCUUCAAAAGAAUUGGGAUUUGAAGCUAGUCGAUAAGCAUGCCAUGGAACAAGUAUAUAAUACAUUAAUCAUACACAGAAAAGUUUCCAACAUAUCAUAGGCAAAUAUGGUUUAGUGCCAUCGCUAGACGAGAAAAGUAAUUUUGCAGCAAUAUGAAAUACAUAAAUGGUGAAGA